AUGGGCUUUUACGACGAACUUACACCACGACUCGCCCUCGUCUCGUUCCUGGGCAGUCUUGGCGCCCUGUCUUUCGGUUACGACAAUGGAUGGUGGGGUAUGAUCCUCGGCGCACCAUACUUCAACGCCAAGUACGGUAACACGGUCACGGUUGCGGCAGACGGAACAACAACUGUCGCGCUUUCGUCUCUCGAGCAGAGCUGCGGUUCGGGUCUUGGAACUGCCGGUAUUAUGCUGGGCUGCAUGGUCGCCCCUACUAUCAACAACCGCUGGGGCCGCAAGAUGUCGUUCCUCGUCCUCGCAGUCCUCGGUAUCAUUGGCGCGCUCAUCCAGGCCCUGUCCACCAUCGGUUUCCAGAUCUGGGUCCUCAUCAUUGGCAAGGUCGUUCUCAACUCGUCUGUCGGCAUCGCCUCCGCUACUGUCGGCGUCUACCUUUCCGAGUGCGCGCCCACGUCCUUGCGUGGAGUGCUCAUGUCCAACUACAACAUUGUCCAGAACGUCGGCUACGUUCUCGCUGGUGGCACUGUUUACGGUGUCGUUUCCAACAUGACCAUGCUCAACUGGUUGCUUCCCAUCUGCCUGCAGUUCUUCCUCCCCAUCGUCAUCAUUGUCUGCAGUCCCUUCCUUCCCGAGUCGCCCCGCUGGCUCGUCAGCAAGGGCCGUCUCGACGAUGCUGCCGCCGUUCUCCGCACGCUCCGUGUCGCUCUCCCCGGAGAGGACCUCGAGGAGAAGGUGUGGAAGGAGGUCGAGGAGAUCAGAGCCGCCUUUGAGGAAAUGACCGCGCUCCACGCUGGUGUUGGCUUUGUCGAGCUUUUCAAGGGCGCUAACCUCCGCCGCACCGGUAUCGCCGUUGGUCUCCAGUGUCUUCAGCAGGCCCAGGGUGUCGGCUUUGUCUCCAACUACGUCGUCAUCCUGUUCCUCUCCAUGGGCAUGAGCAACGUCUACACCAUCGUCCUGAUCCUCUACGUUGUCCUCCUCGUCGCUUCGCUUGGCGCCUUCUACUUCCCCGACAAGCUCGGUCGCCGCACUUUGCUCCUCAUUGGAUCGACAUCGGGCGCAAUUUGCAUGGCCAUCAUGGGUGCCGUCGCGACCGUCAGCGCCACCCCUACCGGCAGCUUGGCAAACCUCAUGGUCGCCGCCCUCUUCAUCUGGGUGGCCUUUUUCGCCAACACCUGGUCUCCCAUUCCCUGGACCGUCGCCGCCGAGGUUUCGUCUGGCCCGCUCCGUGAAAUGACCCUCGCCCUCGCGUCCUGGUCUGGCUUUGGCGUCGGCCUCAUCGUCACCUUUAUUGUCCCGUACAUCCAGAACGCCGAGUACGCCGGCCUCGGCGGCAAGAUUGCCUUUAUCUGGAUGGGCUUCUCGAUCAUUUCUGGCAUCUACGCCUUCUUUGUGGUCCCAGAGCUCAAGAGCAGGUCGCUCGAGGAGCUCGACUACAUGUUCGAGGCUCGCAUCUCGACGUUCAAGUUCAAGAAGUACGACACGAGCGAGAUGCUCGCACAGAAGCGCGUCGAGCACGAGGUCCAGGGCGCCGAGAAGUCGGGUGUCGAGCACAUCGAGGGCAAGGACUCGUUUGCCUGA